GAAAUGGUGAGGGGGGAAUCGCAAAGGCCGCCUCUGGGAUGGCUGACGGCGUUUCUAUCCUUCUGCGUGCGCAGUACAGUGCCACAGACCCCAGACCCAGAGCUCUUCAGCACUGCGCCCCCAAAGAAGCCAGAUCCCAUUACUUCAGAAACCGUCGUUUUCUGGGGCCUGCGGCUGUGGCAAGUUAUUGGAGUUUUUUCCAUGUUUAUUCUGGCAAUAGUGAUAACGCUUUGCUGCAUCUUCAAAUGCCGGAUUCCCAGGACCAAGAAAGAGAUCGAGGCGAGGCACGCCCAAAGACAGGCAGCUAAGGUAUACGCUGACACCUUAGAGACAGUGCCUCCACUUAAUGAGCUCACAGAGAUGCCUGGAGCUGCCGUCGCUGAGGAAAAAACCGAAGUGCCCACCGUUUCUGGGAAGGUGGAGAAGAAGGGGGAGAAAGAUGGCAACAAGAAGGAGGGCAAGGCGGGUAAAGAGGGGAAAGGGGAUGCCGACGAUGCAACCACCAAGAAGAAAGGGGACAAAGGCAAUGAGAAGAAAGGAGAAGGUGGAGAAAAAGGCAAGAAGGCGGGGGAAAAGCGAGCGGCUGACAAAGGAGGAGAUAAUGCUAAGGGUGGAGCCAAAGGAGGGGGCGGGGCCAAGGAUGCUGGUAAAGGCGGGGCAAAGGGAGGAGCCAAAAAAGACACUGCAAAAAAGUGACAUGUGCUAUGUACAGUACAGAGCGCACAGAGUCCUGGGCACCUUGUCCACGAUGAUAUUGCCACAGAAGACCAAUAUGAUUGUCAUUUCUUUUUAAAGCAAUUUACCCUUGAAUCGAAGAUCUGGAGGUACUUUCCAGUUUGUUCUCUCACAGCUGUGAAUGAGCUGUAAAGGAAUGCAAUAUGCCAUUUCUAUACACUAUUUUUUCACUGUAUAUUUCUUAACAUCUAGUAAAUAAACUAAAUACCAUUUA